AUUGCUGUUUCCAAUCGGUGACCACAGCAGUCAGCAGCACAGCCAUGGACGCUCUGGUGCCUCCGAUGCCAGCCCCGCUCCACCUGGUGACCAACAAGGACGGCGUGCUGUCCCUCAACCCUGGAGCGCUGGCAGUGCUGCGUGGUGUCACCCAGCCCCUGGUGGUGGUGGCCAUCGCCGGGCUGUACCGCACCGGGAAGUCCUUCCUGAUGAACCGGCUGGCACAGAAGCGCAUUGGCUUCCCACUGAGCCCCACGGUGCAUGCGGAGACCAAGGGCAUCUGGAUGUGGUGCCUGCCACACCCGCGCCGUCCCGGAGUGACCUUGGUGCUGCUGGACACUGAAGGGCUGGGAGACCCCAACAAGGAUGACGAACACAGAGAAGCCUGGAUCUUCACGCUGGCACUGCUGCUUUCCAGCACCCUGGUGUACAACAGCAUGGGCACCAUUGACCAGCAGGGGCUGGAUCAGCUGCGACUGGUAACAGAGCUGACAGAGCACAUCAGAGUGCGGGAGGAGGACAACAACCCAGCUUCCAACUUUGUCCGCGUCUUCCCCAGCUUUGUCUGGACUGUGCGUGACUUCACACUGCAGCUACGGGUGGGUGAAAAGACCCUGACUGAGGACGAGUACCUGGAGGAAAUGCUGCGACUGCAGACUGGGGAUGGGAAGAAGGCCAAGGAGCGCAACGAGCUGCGGCGCUGCCUGCGCAACUUCUUCCCCCGCCGCAAGCUGUUCACGAUGGAGCGGCCAGCAGCCGACGCUGAUCUGUGUAGGCUGGAGGAGCUGCGGGAGGACGAGCUGCAGCCGGGCUUCAAGAAACAGGUGGACGCCUUCUGCCAGUACAUCUGGGAGAAGGCGCCGGUGAAGGUGCUGCUGGGUGGGCACCAAGCGACGGGCAGUGCGCUGGCGUACCUGGCGGAGAAAUACAUGGCGGCCAUCAGCAGCGGCACUGUGCCCUGCGUGGAGAGCGCAGUGACAGCGCUGGCGCGGGCCGAGAACAGUGCAGCAGUGCAGGCAGCGUUGGCUGAGUACCAGCAGGGCAUGGAGCAGGGCCUGGUGCUGCCCACAGCCUCAAACGAAGCAUUGGUGGCCGUGCAUCAGAACUGCGAGAAACGCGCCAUCGCCACCUUUCUGUCCCGUGCCUUUGCCGACCAUGAUCGCCAGUACCACGCGGAGCUGGUGCACAAGCUGGAGGCGGCCAAGGAGGAGUUCCGUCGGCGCAACGAGGAGGCGUCGGAGCAGCGGUGCCACGCGGUGCUGCAGGAGCUGUGGAGGGACGUGGAGCUCCGCCUGCAGAAGGGGGACUACGUGGCACCUGGGGGUGCUCGGCUGUUCAAGGAGGACCUAAACCACGUGCUGGAGGAGUACAAGAGGAGACCUGACAAGGGUGUCAGGGCGGAGGCGGUGCUGAAUGAGUUCCUGCGGGAGCGUGAGGGGCUGGAACAGGUGCUGAAGGUCACUGAGGCGCAACUGGAGCUCAUGGAGCGGCAGCGGGAGGCAGCAGCGGCCGAGGCAGAGGCAGCACAGAAGGCAGCAGAGGCAAAGCAGGAGGAGCUGCAGCACAGCAUGCAGGAGCACGUGCGUCAGCUGGAGCAGCAGCUGAAGGAGGAGCAGCGUGCGUGGCUGGAGGAGCAGCAGCAAGUGCUGGAGCACCACAAGAAGGAGUAUGAAGCAUUGGUGCAGGAGGGCUUCAGGCGUGAGGCGGCAGCCAUGCAGGAGAUGAUCACAGAGCUGCAGAAGAAGAACACGGAGGAGUACAAGGCACUGAUGGAAGAGAGCUUCAAACAAAUGUCGAGGGCAAUGCAGCAAAUGAUUGAGCAGAUGCAGAAGGAGAAAGUGGCCAUGGAGAUCUCCUCAUGGUGUCGCACGAGUGUGGAAAUCCUGAGCAAACUUUUUGAGCUCGCUUUGUCAGACAGUGAAUUGGAGGAGAGUGAUGAGGACAGCAGUACGGACAGUGAUGUGUAGCUCUGUGCCCUGCCAGCUAUCUGUGCAAUAAAUUCUAUGACACUU